AUGCCCUUCUCGAGUAGGAUUCGCUCUCUGGAUAUGGUCUGCGUUGUGGAUGUAUACGGUGAUAAAUUGCAUGGCCUUUUAUUACAGCUGCAACAAGGGCUGGAGAUCUCUACUCAUAACUAUUCUUGCAAAUCACCUAGUGUUGUCGAUCGUCAUAAGUGUUUACGGAUAGGUUUUUCUACAUUCAGCAGGACGACUGAAAGCAUUUGUAAGUCAAUGAUUGUGCCAAAGGCAAAUAAUCAGAAAGUUUUGCGAGUGACGAACUGUAUUCGCAUGAUAGCCCGAAUAAUUUUUCAUGUGAACUCUUGUUGUAUUGUAAUUACAUUAGUGGGCAUCUGUUAA